AUGGGAUUCUUCAGCUACUGCUUAGCAGGAGGUGGGUUCAUGCUUAUAGGCGCCUGGGAGGCUCUUGUCUCUUUCCAUGCACACUUAAACCCCUUCUCUCUUCUUUCUCCUCCGGACCAAGCCAUGCCUGCAGCAGCAGCGUCAUCAACAACAACAAGAGCAACCCGAAGAAGAACGAAUCCGUCGUCCUCCUCUGUUAGCUUCAUUGUUGUUUCUGUUCUCUCUUUCUUCUUCUUCCUCAACUCUCUAUUCUCCUUAUUCGAUGCUCUUCGGACCAACGAUCGAGUCGGUGUCUCUCUCCAAUUAGAGAUUACAGUACUUGCUUCUCUGUUUCUUCUCUACUCGGUUGCCGGUCUGUUGGUCAGUUUCACCGAUUUGAUACCCUUGCCUUCUUCAUUCCUCGGUUUAAUUGUUCUUUUCGCGUUCGGGCAAGAAUUCCUUCUCUUUUACCUUCAGAGCAAAGACCCAUCUGGAAUUGAGAACCGUUACUUCGAUCUUUUGCUUGUUCCAAUUGCGGUUUGUAUUUUCUCCACCGUUCUCGAAUUGGUUUCGUCCAAAUCCAAUUUCCCAAGAUUAUCUCGUGGGGUUGGUUUGAUUCUUCAGGGAACAUGGUUUGUUCAGAUGGGUUUCUCUUUCUACACCAAUUUGAUUGCUCACGGGUGUUCUCUACAUGAAAAGAGCAGAGGGAAUUAUACAGUGAAGUGCAAAGGGCAUUCCGAGUAUCAUAGAGGUAGAGCAAUCGCAACGAUUCAAUUCAACUGCCAUCUUGCUUUUCUUGUGGUUUUGGUUGUGGGCGUAUACUCAGUUAUCGGCCAGAAGUACGGGGGCACUGGCAGUAAUUACACGAAUUACAGGCGGCUCGGUGCAGAAUUACAGAACUUGCAGUUUACAUUAAAUUCUGAUGACGAUGAUGAUAAUGGUGAUGAAACCAAGGAGAGUGUGGUGAAGCAGAAGUCUCUUGUUGGUGUUUCUGAACCAGGGGUCAAUAGCAUUGAUUCUCAUAAAUGA